GUGGAUUUUGAGUCUUUGGUGUUGAUAAAUUUUUAAAAACACACGUUUUUCUGAGGAACAAAACCGAAGACGAGCCGUUUUGUCCGAUGAAAAUGGAGAGAAAAUGUUCACAUUGUGGUAACACUGGUCACAAUUCAAGAACUUGUAGCACAUUGAAAUGUGCUAGUAAUGGUAGUUUUAUUGGUGGAUUAAGGCUUUUUGGAGUGCAACUUGACAUCUCUAAUGCUUCAUCUUCAUCUUCUCCUAUUCACUUGAAGAAAAGUCUUAGUUUGGAUUGUUUAUCUCCUUCUCUUUCUGUUAAUGAAAGUUGUGAAAAAAGUACUUCAAUUAAUAAUGGUUAUCUCUCUGAUGGUCUUAUAGUUCGUGUUGAGGAAAGAAAGAAAGGAGUUCCAUGGACAGAGGAGGAACACAGAAAAUUCUUAAUUGGACUAGAAAAGCUAGGAAAAGGAGAUUGGAGAGGAAUUUCAAGAAAAUUUGUGAUAACAAGGACACCAACUCAAGUUGCAAGUCAUGCUCAAAAGUAUUUUCUAAGACAAUCAAGUCUCAACAAAAAGAAACGACGUUCCAGCCUCUUUGACAUGGCAAAGAGCAACAACAAGAUGCAUGUUGGUGCCAUAACCAUGAAGUUCAAGCAUGCAGAUUAUUUUGGAAAUUGUCUUGACAAAACAAUCUUAACAAAAAAAGAUUGUCAAGAAAUUAGAGCAUCAUUAUUAGACUUAAAUUCGUUUGGAGAAGAUAUGCCAAUUGCCAAAGAUAAUCAAAGGAGUGAAUAUCCUCAACAACCUGAAGAGAUUUAUUCAGUGCCAAAUAAGUCAAUUUCUUCAUUUGGAGCUCUUGAUUUGGAGCUAAGUCUCUCAGCUCCAAGAAAUAAUAUUGGACCAAUUACAGUUACCUAAUUACUUGUACUCCUAAUUAUUUCUCCUCUAUUUAAAACUAAAUUUAAUUA